AUGGCAAUGAGAAAAGGAAUCUCGAGACGGCGCAAGAUGUUUCCCAGAGGGUAUCUUUUGGUGGCCUUGGCUCUGGGGUGUCCCUUGCAACCAUCCGAUGCAUUUUUGCUGCACCAGAAUCAUCAACCAAUCGCAUCAUUGCUACCAAAAUUGCCCCAAAGACACCACAGUGGAGGUUACUGCAAUGCGUCCACAGGCGACAAUGAAGAAGCCAGGCCAUUAUUGGAACGUCGCCAACUGUUGCAAUCGGCUGUCCUGCUGUCUUCCUGCCUUUUUCGUCCAAGGUCCGCCAAUGCUCGUGGUCUGGUGCAGUUUCCCGUUGAUUCUUCGGCACCAUUGGCCAAUACAUAUCACUUUAUGAGGGUUGGAGACACUCUGCUGGAAAAGGAUGAUAUAUGGACUACCAAUCCACUGUUCCUAACCAACCGAGAAGCUGCCCUCACUCCUACCGGUAUGGAACAAAUCCAAGCUGCCAGUGUCCAACUGGAACAGACGCAACAAACACCCACCGUCAUCAAGUACAGUUUGGCAGCCAGCUGCCUUGACACGGCUCAAAUUGUAGGAGAUAUUCUCAAUUUGGGAACAGAUAGAAUCAUCCCAGAGUUCACCUUUUUGGAUCCCAGAGGCAUUGGCCAGUGGGACAUGUACCGGUACUCGACCACAUUGCCAGCAAUUUGGGCUCUGGAUGCCAUGGAAGCAGGACCGGAGGGCAACGGUGGGAGACCUCCACAAAAUACUGACGGGACACCCAAUGAAACCUUGGCAGAUCAGGUGGUGAGAUUGCGGCAACUCAUGUCGAUACUGGAAACCUUAUAUUCUGGAGAGACAAUCCUUGUCAUCUUCCCCGAUGGUACUGGUCCAGCCUUGCUGUCGGCCAUGAUUGCCGGUAUUCCACUCAAUCGAGUCCAUGAAUUGGAAUAUGUGCCUGGAGAACUGCGAAUGGACAUUACCCAAGUCAGAACCCUCCAAUUGUGGAAAGAACGGACUGAGAACAACAAUGCGGCAGCAGGGUACCAACAAACACUGGCCAAUGGCAAAGAGGAACUUGCCAGGUUACGAGCCACGGCAACCUCGGAAACACUCAGUUUGAAGGACCAAAACGUAGAAGCGGAACGAAAAGAAAUCGAAAGAAACUAUCAAAAAGAGCAGCAAGCCAAACAAAAGAAAAAGGAACAAGAAGAAGCGAAAAAACAAAAGUUAAGAGACGAUGUAAGGGAAGAACAAGAAGCGAAAAGACAACAGUUAAGAGACGAACAAGAAGCCAGGCGGCUGGAGAGGCAACAAGGAGAAGGUUCUAUUGACGACUCUUUGAUGAGUACUACUACAAGUCCAUCGAUUGCUGCCGGUGCUGCCUUUGGGGUGGUUGGCCUGGCGGGAAUGCUGGCAUCACCAUCAUCUGGAAGUGACGACAAUCGGGGUACCGCGAAUGCAGGGAGUGGUGACCCGUCCGGAGAUCCUAGCAGUGAAGCCAAGCUUGUUGCGACAAUCACCGAAACAAAGCCGAGAGGUGACGAGUCCGAUGAGCUGUCGUCCGAUGUCUUGGUUCCAAUAUCCGAAGCAUCGCUCAGUGCCGACAGCCCUCGCCUGGAAGCACCACUGCCCAUGGUGCCUGAUGUCAAGCCAACACGAGAGGAUAAGAUCCGAGCGGCCGAGGAGGCAAUGGAAGAAUUCCUGAAUCAAGACGAUGGCGCCGAAGAUUGGCUUUUGACACUAUCCCAAUUAGCCGGGGAAGACGACAAUGUCGAUGAUGAGCAAGAUCCAAGCGACGUCGAUGGCAGAGGUGCUUUGUAG